UAUUUCAUUUCACUGCUUGUGUUUUGUUUUGAUAAUGUUAUCUGUGGAAUGUGUACCAGUUUCAGCAUCAACACACAUAAUUACGCCAGUAAACACAUGUUAAAAGACAAAAGAAUUAAUAUAAUUCACAAAUGGAUUCUGACAUAGAUUGGUCAGAUUGGUCAGAUACAGACCUAAAAGCAAUAUCAGAGACCAUUGAUCAAGAAACAGAAAAAACAGAAACUUCAACAACAACAACUGAAAACAGCACUGACACACAGGACAAGAUUAUAACAUCGAUUUCCACUACUCCAACAGCUUAUAAUGCAUUCUGUAACAAAAAGAAAACAUCAACAGUCUCUGAUAAAUCAUCCGCUGAGUCUGAUCCAGAUGACAGUAUACCUUGGAUUAAUGUAACAAAAAACAAGCAGCGACUACAGAAACAAGCUCGUAAAGCUAUUCUGAGAAAACGGAAAAAUAUUAAAAGUUUGUCAACUGGUUCAAAUCUAAAGAACAAGAAACAGAGAACAAAAGACGACCCAGAUGAUAAUAUUCCAUUGAUUAAUGUUACAAAAAAUAAGAAAAUAUUGCAGAAACAAUAUCUUAAAACCAUUUCCCAGAAGUUGAAAAAUAAUGCAAUUAAACGAUUGUCAACAGGUUCAAAUUCAUUGAGAUCAAGACAGUUGCAGAAAAAGGGACAUUGGAACGACGAAAAGAGCUAUAUCAAUUUUCAUAGUAAAAAACAUUACUCAUUCAGAGAGAGAAAAGCGAAGACAGAACCAUGUCUUGAAUACACAGAUCUCACUGAUGAUUCAGGAGAAGAUGAUACGUAUAAGCCAACUAAGGAAGAUGUAUACUCUUCUGACUCUAUUUCUGAUGCCGAGUCUAUUCAGAACAUAAAAUUGAUUAGGAAACAAAGGAAAAGGAAUUAUCGUAAUAAAGACCGGAAAAGGAAAGGUAAAACAUUAAAGCACAUUCUGUCAAAGAAACGAAAGAUUGUAGCUGUGGUAAAGAACAAAAAGGACAGAUCUGGAACUGGGACACUACAGGACAAACAGCCAAUUACAAGUAAUAGUCAAUCUCCAAGGGCUUCGAGUGUUAUCAAAAGAAGCAGAAAAAUAGAGGAAAACAGACGAGUGGUUGUACAAUAUCAUACUAUCAGACUGAACAACCUUCUGUUAAGUAACAACUUGAAGAGAGUACCAAUAGCAGCUGAUGGGAAUUGCUUCUUAAAAGCAGUUUUACAUGGAUUACAAGAAGGAAAUUCUUAUUUAACUGUUGAAAAAAUGCGGAAAGAUUUAGUUGAACACCUUCAACAUGAGAGAGCACAUUACAACAACUUUUUAAGUUUUGAUGAACAAUUAUCAGAAGAAGAGAAGAAGAAACGUUAUGAUGACUAUUUGCACGAUCUCAGUCAUAAUGGCCACUGGAAUUCUGAUUUAGCAGAUAUGAUGCCUUUAGCAUUAUCAAACAUCUACAGACACCCAAUACGGGUCUAUUCAAGUAAAGUUGCAAAUUCUGUGUAUGACAUUUUACCAGAUCUUGGAGAGAAUAAUUCAUCAAAAGACUUCAUAAAAGUAGCACUUUUCUCAAUAACUGGCCAGGAGCAUUAUGAUGCAGUUGAAAUGAUGGAUACACCAAAUUCAACAAAUGGAAACUCAAACAAAACACCAACAAGAGAAAACAUAAGUUCACCAGUUUCCAAGAGAGGAAGUGUUAUCACUCCUAGAAAAAAAGUAAACUAUAAAAGUCCGGUAAAGAAGCAACUUUUCCGAAAGAUGAAAAGCAAUCCACAAGCCUGGAAAAAAAAUAAAAGAAAGCAUAACGGGGUACAUGGUUUACCCUACAUUGGUAGAACAAGGAAACAGCAAGAUCAAAAUACCGUAAAGUAUCGUGAUUGUUCUAGAUGCAGAUUUCGUUGCUCCAAUAAAGUAUCAAAAGAAGAUGCGUAUAAGAUAUUUUCUACUUACUACGAAAUGGGUUCCUAUGAAAAACAACGGGCAUUUCUUUGUCAACAUGUAGACCAAGAUAAGGCAAAAAGGACUACCACAAAUAGAAAAGAGAACUCAAACUCCUAUCAUCUUACAGUUAAUGAAAAAAGGGAAAGAAUUUGCAAAACCUUCUUUCUAGGAGCUUUAGACAUCAGCCAAAAAACUGUACAGUAUGCACUGAAAAAGAAACAACAUGGAGUCUUUGUUGGUGUAAAUAAUCGUGGAAAAACUUCAUCUGUAAACAAAACUCCAGGGAUUGACAGAAAUUUUAUAAGAGAACAUAUAAAGUCCUUCCCCACAGUUCCAUCACAUUACACCAGAAAAGAUUCUAACAGGCAGUAUCUCAGUGCAAAUUUAUCACUGAAAAAGGUGUUCUACUUGUAUGAAGAGCUCUGUAAGAAAAAAAGAAAAAAACCAUGUAAGAUAAAUAUCUACAGGGAAAUCUUUUGUACAGAAUAUAACUUAGCUUUCCAUAAACCAAAGAAAGAUUAAUGUUCUAUUUGUACAGUAUAUUAUGAGAAAAAACAGCGAGGAGAACUGGAUGACGAUGAAGAAGAACAAUUUGUACGUCAUCAAAGAAACAAAGAAAGUUCGAGGGAUCAAAAGACAAAAGACAAACAAAGAGCAAAAACUGACAAGUCUUUUGUUGU